AUGAAUGAACGAACACUACUAGAGGAAAAUGAAAACAGACCCGAACGCAGAACUGCCUUUGUUGCUAGGGAGCUCCAUAGACUUAAUUUAGAUAUAGUGGCACUUUCUGAGACUCGUAUCGCCGGUGAGGGACAACUGUGUGAAGAAGGUGGUGGCUACACAUUCUUCUGGAAGGGACAGGAACCUAAAACACCAAGAAAGCAUGGUGUAGGUUUUGCUGUAAAAAAUUGCAUGCUUUUCAGUUUAACAGAGUACCCAAGUGGCCUAAAUGAACGCCUAAUGACACUCAGACUAAAUCUUGAGGGAAAUAAACAUGCCACAGUGAUCAGUGCUUAUGCUCCAACCCUUCUUGCAGAGGAUCAAACAAAAGAAUUAUUUUAUGCCGCUUUAGACACAGCUCUCACAGCUAUCCCAAAUGAAGACAAAGUAAUCCUUUUAGGUGACUUUAAUGCCAGAGUAGGACGAGACAGUGACAUCUGGAGAGGUACCAUUGGAAAAGAGGGUGUUGGCAAAAUUAAUGCAAAUGGAACACUCCUACUCUCGAAGUGUGUAGAACAUGAUCUGGUAGUAACUAAUACUCUUUUUAGGCAGAAAAUAAACUUAAAACCACCUGGCAAACAUCCAAGAUCUAAACAUUGGCAUCUCUUAGAUUACAUUAUAGUAAGAUCUCGUGAUCAAAAGGAUGUAUUGCUUACAAGAUCAGUGACAGGAUCCGAAGACUGCUGGACUGACCACCGCCUGGUAUACUCUUGUAUUAGGAUGAAGAUAUUGACUAAAAAGAGAAACGCGCAUGCACUAAAGCGACUGAAGUUCAACGUUGAUUCACUUAAGAACGACUCGAAUAAGCUUGAACUUCAGCGGUGUCUCGCUAAUAAACUAGAACAGGAAUAUCCACCCAAUAGUUGUUGA